AUGGGUUCCCAAGCACUUCAGAUAUUACGGCAAGGUGUGUGGGCCUCACUCACCGGAGGCUGGUAUGUGGAUCCCCAUCAAAGCACAUUCUCCAACUGCUUUCACCUCUACCUUUGGAUAUUUCUCUUGGCCUUCCCCUUUCUGCUGUACAUGGCCCUUCCUCCUAGCUUAGUGGUAGCAGGGGUCUACUGUGCUGUGGUGGCAAUCUUCUUCACAGCCAUAAAGGUAGUGAACUACCGGCUUCAUGCUAUGUUUGACCUUGGGGAGAUCGUAGAGAAGAGGCAGGCCUCAAUCACAGCUGAUGCCCUAAGGAUGGAAGAGGGAGAUGAAGGAUCUGGUGCCCAUGAUGGGAAUCGGCACAGGGACAGUCAUGGUGGCGUGGAGAUGACUGUGUUCCGGAAGGUCAACUCAACACCACCUGUGCGUUGCAGUUCCCAGCACUCUCUGUUUGGGCUGAAUCAGGUGUCGGAGUUUUUGCCCCAGCUGGAGGACACAGGGGCCACCAAGGAUAUCAAAGAGUUGAUGCGGGAGCAAGGCAGCAAUAAUGUAAUUGUGACAUCAGCCCAGCGUGAGAUCCUACGCCAGAGUUCCCAGGACACCAUCAGUAAGCCUACUUCCUGCAUUGCUGCUGCUUUAGGAGGUGAAUUUCCAGGUCUAAUGGCAGUGCCUGGGGUAUCAGUUGGAUUCGGGGAGCCUGGGAAUUGCCUUUCCAUUCCCCCUUCACCCUCCAGCCAAGAAGAUGGAGGAGAUAAAGACCAGUUGCAAGAGGAAGAGCCAGAGCAACUGUCUCUGCAGAGUCCUGAGGACAACAUUGUGGGAGCCUACUCUCCUCUGGGUCCUUCUGCUGAAUCAGAGAGCCUUGGAGACACUCCCCUCAGUCCCCUUAUAAAGAGCAGCUUAAGUGAGGAACUGAGUGAGAAUCUACUGGGUUUGGGCCUUGACCCUGUGGCAUUUGCCCCAGGGACUGAGCACCCAGGCAGUCGCAGUGGGGUAGCUCUGGCAGCUGGAUCCACAGACAGCUGUUUCAGUGCAGGUGGAGCCACCACGGAUCGUGAGACCCUCAGUACUGUUAGCAGCUACCGCAGUGAGAAAACGGACUCCACCCAGCUGGAGAGCCCUUCACUUAGCCUACCACGGCCCACGGACACACGGGUGUCUCCCUCAGCACCAGUGGUGGGCUCCAGUAUCCCACAGCCCACAGAGGACUCAGGUGGGCUAGACGGCAGUGAUACUGACAACUUGUCGGACAGUGUGCUACUGCGCUCCCCUUCCAAAGAUCUCUCUGUUGGCCAGGGACUAGACAGAACACUCGUAGAGGGAGAGGAUUUAGCCUCUGUACCCUCUGAAAUUGCACAGCCCCCUCCCCUCCAGAACUCUUCCCCCUCAAGUAGUAGUCACUCAGAAGUUUGUGAUUUAGAAAGAAUUGUCCCAGUUCCUCCUCUGCCCCCGCCACGGCAGGCCAACUCGGUUCCUUCAGGGCUGGCCCUGAGUCUAGUGUGUUCUGAGCCUGCUCUACCCAUUUCUUCCACUCCCUUCCUGCUUUCCGACCAACCUACUUUGCAGGCCCAGCAGGUGGUCCGCCCUAAAGACUUGAAGCUGCUGCGGGCCGGUAGCAGCAAUGUGAGGCAUAGGCCCGGCCGCAGGAAAGCCCCACGCAAGCGAGCUGGGCCAGGAAGCAGCAGUUUUGACUGUGGCUCAUACAGGCGUCACCACAAUCACAGGCAACACAGAGACUACAUCCCUGUGCGUAAUCGGCUAGGCACCAAGGCUUACAGUGAAAGCCUGUUUGAGGACUCCAGUGAUGAAGAUGACUGCAGCGACAUGAGUGCAGGCUCCAGUUUAGGCUCCCAGCGGCGUUACAGUUCAGACGACGAUGACGAUGAUGAUGAUGAUGAUGAUGAUUCAAGCUCCUCUACCUCCUGUUACUCCCCAGACCUUGCUAACACUGGCAUCACGUCCCCACAUCCGUCUGCCACUCAGCUGCCCACUCCAAGGGAAGGGGAUUUGCCUGAGACUGUUGGGCCCUCACAUUCCCGUGCUGCCCAGCGCUCUGCUAGCACAGCUAGUGCUAAGACUCAUGCAAGAGUGCUGAGUAUGGAUGGGGCAGGUGGAGGCCAGAGUAACACUACACCCUCCACUCUGCUUACCAUGCCCUCAUCCUCCACCCCAGCUCCACGCACCCUGACCAUCUCCAAGUCUGAUCUGGAGGCCCGCACCAUCCACACCGACAGUUUCCCUGGAACUCACCACCAUCACCUGGACUCUUUGGGGGGCUCCUGGACUGGCAACCAGAUGGGCUGGAGGGCUGGAGAGCUGGUCGAAGAGGGAGCUGUUGGGGGAGCUAUGGCACCUGAGGAUGGGGGCAAGCGGGACUCUGUCAGCAGUGUUAAGAGGACCCAGGCCAUCCGCAGGCGACACAAUGCAGGGAGCAACCCUACACCACCUCCAUCUACCAUGGGAUCCCCACCUAGUCUCCAGGACCUCCAGCGAGCUCGAACCUCCUCCCACUCACGGACCCGUACCUUGCCUUCAGCCUUACAGUUUGCCUCCUCACUGCUGCUGCCCCGUGGUGGCAUCCACGAGGCCUCCACCUUUGAUGACACAUCUGAGGGGGCGGUGCACUACUUCUAUGAUGAGAGUGGAGUGAAGAGAUCCUAUACAUUUGGACCUGCUGGAGGCGGCUAUGAGGAUCCAGUGCAGGAGAGGGAGAGACAGUCUCAAUCAUCAAGCUUCACGUCCACUGAGGUCCAGGAAGGGGCACCAGUCUUGUCCAUGCUUCAGCCUAGACCUGUGGUCUUACAGGGCAUGCAGGUGCGCAGGGUGCCUUUGGAGAUGCCAGAGUUUGAUCUAGAUCAUGAGUCUCUACAGGAGUCCCAGGAAAACACACUGAUGAUUGAGGAAAAGGCCAAGCCCAAACAGUAUUAUCGCUUUUGGGUGUUGCCAGGGAAGUGGGUGAGGGUACGGUAUGAUCGACUUGCCCUGCUAGCAUUGUUGGAUAGGAACCGGCGUGUUGGAGAGAAUGUGUUUGCUGUGGUGCUGGCCAGCCUGGUGGCCUUCCUGGGGUUCCUGCUAUUGCUACGGGGCUUUUUCAGGGACAUCUGGGUCUUCCAGUUUUGCCUAGUCAUCGCUAGCUGCCAAUACUCCUUACUCAAGAGUGUACAGCCAGAUGCAGCUUCUCCAAUGCAUGGACAUAACUGGAUCAUUGUCUACAGUCGGCCAGUCUACUUCUGCCUGUGCUGUGUGAUGAUCUGGGUCUUUGAUCUGUCUGGGCGCUCUGUUAGCCUGCAACCUUUCUCCCUCUAUGGUGUCACCUUCUUCUCCGCCCACUUCCUCCUCUGUGCUAGGGAUAUGCUCAUAGUGUUUGCCUUGUGUUUCCCGAUCAUUUUCCUAUUUGGGCUCCUACCUCAGGUCAAUACCUUCGUCAUGUGUCUGUUAGAGCAAAUCGACAUGCACAUUUUUGGGGGAACUGCCACCACCAGCCCCCUUUCAUCUCUAUUCAGCCUAGUGCGCAGUGUGUUGGUGGCUAUACUGCUAUAUGGAUUUUGUCUGGGUGCUAUCAAUGCACCUUGGGGGGAUGCCCAUGUGCCAGUACUGUUCUCUGUGUUCUGUGGUCUACUCUUGGCCUUGUCCUACCACCUCAGCCGCCAAAGCAGCGACCCCACCAUCCUAUGGUCUCUGGUCAGGUCUAAAUUAUUCCCAGAGCUGGAGAACCGAACACCAGAGGAAGCGACAGUGGAGAUUAAGGACCCUCUCCCUGAGAAGCUGCGCAGCUCUGUGAAAGAGAUUCUUCAUUCAGACCUUGUAAUGUGCCCCCUCAUGGCUGUAAUUACCUUCGCCAUCAGUGCCAGCACAGUCUUCAUUGCUCUACACCCCGCUCUUAGUUUUGUCCUAUACAUCCUGGCAGGGGUGGUGGGUUUCCUCACACACUAUCUCCUGCCUCAGCUCCGCAAGCAAUUGCCUUGGUUCUGCCUGGCCCAUCCAGUGCUGCGAUCAAGAGAGUACAGCCAGUUUGAGGUCCGAGAUGCUGCUCAGUUGAUGUGGUUUGAGAAGCUGUAUGCGUGGCUCCAAUGUGUGGAAAAAUAUUUCAUCUACCCAGCUGUAGUUCUCAACUCCCUGACGACUGAGGCGCGAGCUGUAGGCCAGAACCAUAAAGAGUUGGACAUCUACAGCCGUGCUCUCUUCAUCUCUGUGGCAGGGAUGAAACUACUGCGAUCAUCUUUCUGUGCCCCAUCACAGCAAUACGUCACACUGUGCUUCACCACACUCUUCUUCCACUUUGACUACCCACACUUCUCUGAAACCUUCCUAGUCGACUACUACUUCAUGUCCAUUCUCUUCAGCAAGAUGUGGGACCUGCUGUACAAGCUGCGCUUUGUCUUAACUUACAUUGCUCCGUGGCAGAUCACCUGGGGCUCUGCAUUUCACGCCUUCGCCCAACCGUUUGCUGUGCCCCACUCUGCUGUACUUUUCAUCCAGGCUGUGUUCUCUGCCCUUUUCUCCACCCCUCUCAACCCUGUCUUGGGCAGUGCUGUGUUUGUCACUUCAUACACCAGGCCUGUUAAAUUCUGGGAGCGAGACUACAACACCAAGCGGGUAGAUCACUCAAACACAAGACUCGUCACCCAGUUAGACCGCAACCCAGGUGCUGAUGACAACAAUCUGAACUCAAUUUUCUAUGAGCAUCUAACACGCUCCCUGCAGCACAGCCUGUGCGGGGACCUGCUGCUGGGGCGCUGGGGCAACUACAGCACAGGUGACUGCUUCAUCCUCGCCUCAGACUACCUCAACGCUCUGGUGCACAUCAUUGAGAUCGGCAACGGCCUGGUAACCUUCCAGCUGAGGGGACUGGAGUUCAGAGGUACCUACUGUCAGCAGAGGGAGGUGGAGGCCAUUACAGAGGGAGUGGAAGAGGAUGAGGGCUGCUGCUGCUGUGAACCUGGACACUUGCCCCACAUGCUGUCUUUCAACGCUGCCUUCGGCCAACGCUGGCUGGCAUGGGAAGUGGCUGCCACUAAGUAUGUUCUCGAGGGCUAUAGCAUCAGUGACAACAACGCUGCCUCCAUGUUGCAAGUAUUUGACCUUCGCAAGAUCCUCAUCACCUAUUAUGUCAAGAGUAUCAUAUACUAUGUGAGUCGGUCUCCAAAGCUGGAAGAAUGGCUUGCUAAUGAAACUAUUCAGGAGGCUCUCCGGCCUUGCCUUGGGCCUAGUUAUGUGGACAGUGACCCUACCUUCAACCUCAACAUAGAUGAGGAUUACGACCACAGGGCCUCUGGCAUUACCCCCACUUCCUUCUGCAUGGUCUACCUGGAUUGGAUCCAGUAUUGCAACAGCAGGCGUCAAACGCUGGUGAAUAGUGAAAGGGAGUCUCCUUUGGUCAACCUCUGUUUCGGUCUGUGUAUCCUUGGAAGACGAGCCCUGGGCACAGCCUCCCACAGUAUGUCUGCAAGCUUGGAGCCUUUCCUCUAUGGGCUUCAUGCCCUCUUCAAGGGAGAUUUCCGCAUCACCUCUCCCAGGGAUGAAUGGGUGUUUGCAGACAUGGACCUUUUGAAUCGAGUUGUGGCUCCAGGCGUCCGGAUGUCCCUCAAAUUACACCAAGACCAUUUUACAUCUCCAGAUGAGUAUGAAGAUCUCAUGGUCCUCUAUGACGCCAUCACGGCCAAUGAGGAGAAGAUGCUAAUAUCGCAUGAGGGUGACCCUGUAUGGCGCAGUGCCAUCUUGGCAAAUAUGCCUUCACUACUGGCCUUGCGGCAUAUCAUGGACGACGGUAGCGAUGAGUAUAAGAUCAUCAUGCUCAACAAGAGGUUCCUCAGCUUCCGGGUUAUCAAGGUGAACAGGGAGUGUGUUCGCGGGCUGUGGGCGGGUCAGCAGCAGGAGCUGGUCUUUCUGCGGAAUAGAAACCCAGAGCGCGGCAGCAUUCAGAACGCCAAGCAGGCCUUGAGGAACAUGAUCAACUCAUCUUGUGACCAGCCUAUCGGCUACCCUAUCUACGUGUCCCCCCUCACCACCUCCUAUGCUGGCGGUCACACCCAGCUCCGGUCCGUGUGGGGAGGACCCGUCAGCCCCCACAACAUCUACACCUGGCUCAUCAGUAGCUGGGACAGGUUACAGAAGGGUUGUGGUGCUGGCUGUAACAGCGGUGGAAACAUCGAAGAUUCUGACUGCGGGGGUGGCUCCACCUCCAUCUCUGCCAACCCAACAGCUCACACCACCCAGAGCACACCAGCCUCCAGCCUUCCCCAACCCCACAUCACCACUGUCCAGCCCUCCAUGGGUACAGACAACCCUGUGGGUCCAACUCCCAGCUGGCCUCUUCAUCCCCAGCCUCUACCAUUAGCCCUGCUCAGCCAGUCUGAGGGUAGGAUGGAGGCAGGGCUUCUCAAUUCCCUACAACGCACGUCCUCUAUUCAGGGGCUCCUGGGACAGCAACUUUCUGGUUCCCAGCUGUCUUUUAGCAGCUCCCUGGCUCCGGCCCUGCUGCCUGGCCCAGAGCGCUUCUGCCCAGGGAGUCUCCUGGAGAACUCAGGGCACAGAGGAGGCCAGCGGGCUGGCCUAGGCCAGGGCAGCGGGCUGCACUAUGAGAGCCACUUUGGAAAGUGGAGCCUUUCCGGCAGGAAGGGCUUUAAUGGACCAGCUGCGAUGGAAGGUGAUGGAGGAACAUUACAGACCAUACGCACACAGCCUACUCCUCCAGCACCACCUCCCGAAGUGAAUCUAACACAAGAUCCACUGGGUGCCACCCAGACGAUGGAUGCCACCCUGCUGACUGCAGGCGAUCCCAUCCCCCGAGAGGAAUCCACAGAGCUGCCUUUACUUGAGCACCUACGCUGAUCUGCACUGGAGGACGCCCUCCGCCCCCACCCUCCCUUGUGACAUUCUUUGCAGUGAAAGCACAUCCAUGGUCAAUGCUUGGGCCAUGCCCAAUAAGACCAGACUCAUUCCAGCCAUUCUGGACUCAUUCCAAUGAUCCUCAUUCAAAGACAGCCAACUUGACAUAUUGGAAAUGUGUAAAUCCCCAUAGAAAACUCAACCUGUACAGAUUUUUUUCUUUCUCUCUCUUCCACCAUGCAUUUUUAAGACCCCUGCAAUACCGGAUACAUUUGGCUGUUAACACAUGCCCCUCCACCUCCCUUCUCAGCCAAAUGAAUCAUGCAGCCAAUGGCAUAUUUAGCCGACCCAUGUCACAAUAGCUCCAUCAACCAGUUUAUUCCCAAGUCAGCUCUCACCACGUCUCCUAGGACUUAGAUUAAGAUGUGCUCAUUCUUAAGAUUUCCUUUGGAUUUAAAAAAAAAAAGGCACUCCUCGUCUUUGUAGGCAACCUUUUGGUUAUCAAAGUGGUGACAGACCGUGAAGACCAGUGCAAUUGUAAGGGAUAUUCUGCUUAAGUAAUUUUUUUAGGUCUUUUUUUUUAUAUACUUGGCAUGGGAGCACCCCCCACCCUUACUUUCUCUCACUUGACAUCCUCAGCAGGUGUUUGCAUAAUAAGUCGUUUAAAGGAAAGAUAAGAAUAAAAAAUCUCGAAGAUCUUUUGUUGCUAUACGUGCUGGUGAAGGAUGUGUGACUAUCACGAUUGGCCUUGGUUUUUUCCAACUCCUGCCAUUUUAUUAUCCCUGGAGGAGCCACAGUUGUAUGUCAAACUGUGUUGACAGUUUGUGUGCUGUAACAUCCUACUAUAUGACCAAUUCUAUGUGUAAUAACCUCCCCACCGUCACCUUUGCACGUCACACAUAUUCAACAACAACAGGGAAGAAAAAAAUACAUCCCGAGAAAAGCUGAGUCUAUUUGUCCUCUGGCCCGUUCCUUACAGAGGCACCUGACAAACAUCAACACCCUCUUACACUUCUAUCAUGGAGCAGGUUUUCAGGGAAAAAGGCUCCCGCCCGCCUGCCCCCGGCCAACACGUGGUGCUUUUACCACUGAGUUUACAGUCUAGUCAGGCCUGACGGGGACAUGGAGAUGUGGGAUGACCUCACACAGAGCUGGCACCCUCGGACCAGUACAGACUCAAGGGAAGGGAUGAUGCUUUAUUGUGUUGAUCACAAGACAGAAGCUGGGAGUAUUGUAAACUCCAGUCUUUUUUGAUUUUUGAUGAGUGGAAGUGAAAUGUCUUUUGCCCCCCCCCAACUUGAGGAGUCAAAAAUUCCUCAGCUUCAAAAAAUUCAUUGAGUUUGUUUUACUGAGGGGGACCAACCAAUAUCUCUUUCUCUGACUAGAUCCAGUCGGCUCUGGACUCCUCCCCAUAGCGGGGAGCCGAGCUACUCUGUGUUUGAGAGCCACAUGAAAUCCCCCUCUGUUUUCCUUGCCUACAGUAUGGCUCACCCCAGUACUAUACUACUGCUACUGCAUCUCCUGCUACUACUAAUGUACCCACUACAACUGCUGUUUGUGCAACGGUUAACUCCAGCGUUAUAGUUGGAAAUAAAAGUUGAAUAAAUACUGAAUGCAAAGGUGGAAUAUUUAUUUGAUUAAUAUUGUCUUAAAGAUAUCUGUAAAGGGGUUUGUCUAUAUGGCGUGCUGAGAUAUAGAAUUGGAGAUUAGAUUCUGCCUUCUGCCAACUGUAGCCCUUCUCCCCUACACUUGUUUGGUAUCAUUUACCUUUGUCAUCUCACCAAUGGCUGUCCUCUUCAGUGUUUAACUGGAAGUAGUCCGAAAAAGUCAUUUUAAGUUGAUUUCCUGGCCACUCUUGCACUCUCGUUCCACCACUGUGAAAGGCGGAUUAAAACACUGAUUUUAGGGUUCUAUUGGAUCAAAGUAGAUCCCACACAAAGAAGCUUGCAGUUUCAAAAAACUUUUGCCCUACGUUGUUUUUACCUGGGUCAAACGGCUAUAGGCUAACACAGUUUACGUGUUUGUGUCCCCUGACCAUCAAUGUGUUUUAUUAGUUGGACGAUUUCAGAAUGACAUUGUGCCAUAGCAUAACUCCUUGCACCAGAGGACUGCCUUGUAUGCUAGUUUUCACACCAAAUAACAUUUUACUCCUAUUGUAAACUGUGUUCCACUCGAGGGGAAAAACCGAAAUGAAAAGCCAGCAUUCUCAGGGUCUCAAAUGGGAAAAGAAAUUGACUUGCCAUCUUCUGGGGAAAGGUUUUUUUUUUGUUUUUUGUUUUUUUUGUCCAAAGGGAGAAAACCGAAAAGGGGAUAAAAUCAUUAGUGGCAAAGUAGUCAAAACUUUUAACUCAAGGCGUGCGUUAAGUCACGUGUAAGUGCCAGAAGAUGCCCCCUUUCCAGUGUUUGUACCCUCUGAGUUUAAAAUUCUCCACACUGCAUGCUGUCGAAACCUCUCAGUUAUAUUUUUCAACUUACUCAAGCUUUUGGAGUGCUGUUCUGUCUCCCAUCGACACAUUUUUUUACCUGUGACCAGGGGACAUGUUAUGAAUCGGCCUGUUUCCUUGUCAGAGAAUCGCAACUGCCGUUCAUGAUUGUCGUAACUGUUGAGGUAGCGUAAUGGAAACUGGAGCCUAUUUGUUUUAAGAAGACCCCUUUGGGCAAACGGUGCAUCGGUAAACACCUCGUUAACUCCCUUGGCUCAGGAAAACAGACUUUCUGAUCAGGGCUGUCCUUGUUUGUUUAUAUGUUGCUUUUCUUUUUUUUUUGCCCCCAUCCCACCUCUUCAUUCACGUUAUAUCCAAAGCAACAGGGAGUUUUUCUUUCUUCUUUUUUUUUUUUUUUACUGGGAGAAAGGAAAGCACAAGUUACUGGACGGACCUGGGUGUCAAUAAAAAAAGGGAUUACAUAAUCUCUGCAAUUUAUGUACAGCAUGUUUCAUAUAUAAAUAUAUAUUUAAAAUAGAAAUCUAUUUUAUUAUGAGUCGAUUUUGGGUUAUUCUACAUUUAAGACACUAUGUUGAGGCUUGGGGGGAGCGUCUCUUGUGUUUACCCCUCUGAGGAGGUAGCUGGAGAGCCACUCCUUAUAUUGAAUCUUGCAGUUUGGGAAGAAUCAAUACUUUUGCACAAGUGUAUCAUACACCAUCCCACUUUAUUGUUUAUCAUUUUAGUUACAUGGGAAGGGUCUUUUAUUUAAGAACUUUAAGUCGAUAUUCGAAGUUCUGUACAGUUUUUUUAUGUAAUUUUUUUUCCUCCUAUUUAAAUUAAAGCUUUUUGUGUCUUUGUUUGCAAAUUAAAUGCUGUGAUUGCUUUCA